UCUUCUCAUUUCUCUACUUCUGCCAUUCAGCUUUGCUUAGACUGUAAACUCCGCCUUCCUCCUACUCUCUGAAUCGUCUCUUCCGGCGAGCUAACCAGAGAUUUACCAACUCUCUGACUCAUGGGCGGCGAUCUACGGUUCGAGAUCUCUCAGAAUGCUUACAUAAAGCUUAUUCUCCAUGCCCUAAAGCACCGGACCUCCGCCGUCAACGGACUCCUCCUUGGUCGCAUCUCCGGCCCCACUGAUGUAAUCGAAAUUGCCGAUUCCGUCCCUCUCUUCCACUCCAGCAUCGGUCUCCUCCCUCAGCUCGAGAUAUCUCUCCUUCUGAUUGAAGAAUAUUAUGCGGCCAAGGGAUUGAAUAUCGUGGGAUACUUUCAUGCCAAUGAGCGGUUUGAUGACUAUGAGGUCGGUGGUGUAGCCAAGAAUAUUGGUGAUCAUAUUUCUCGAUUUUUUCCACAUGCUGCUCUUCUUUUGUUAGAUCACAGAAAACUUGAAGCUCUUCCAAAGAGGAAGGAUAGAAGCCCUGUAAUGGAGCUAUACACAAGGGAAACUCCCAAGAAUUGGAAGCUGGCUGGAUCAGACGGAAGCAGCCAGCUAACAAUCAAGGAACCGUUAGCAAAUAUGGUCCUCUUAGAUUACAUCUCAUCUGAAAAAUGGCAAGAUGUGGUGGACUUCGACGAUCACCUCGACGAUAUUAGCAAGGAUUGGUUGAACCCAGACCUCUUCAAGUAGAGAAAGAUCUUUUCUUCAUAGUUGCAAGGCUUGAUUGCUCUUAGAAGGAUUGGUUGGAAACUGGAGGCUUCUUGUGCUUCAAUUACUCAUAUUGUUAGAUGUAUUGGUAUUAAAGUAUUCAACCAAUUUUAUCUCAUUAGACUUCGAUUACUCGUC